CUGGCCACGGGCUUUUAACUCGCUCUCAUCUCGAAAUAACCGGUCAUAGCAUCGAAAAGCUCCCCUGGCUUUUACACCGCGGAUGUUCUGCCUGCGAUUGGAAUCCUCGACCCUCACUCUUUCAACAUCUCAAGUAGACUAGAAGAUUAUUACCCCACCAUAGUGGACGGACGAAUUGCUUCCAGCCUUCGACGGAGGUUGAAUCUUGAAUACUCAGGCUGGUCCGAAGUAGCCGUGACGCCAAAUUCCUCGUCAUCAUGACUUCCACGUUCAGCUUUGGCUUCGCGGGGGAUGACAUCGACCUGGACAUCGACGAUUCCGAGGUCAAUGAGACGGUCGAGACCAACCCUGCGCAGUCCACAGAUGCCAGUGCUUCUCUGCCGGAGCUCAUUGCACCCAGAAAACAUGAUAUGGCCCAAUGGGUCCCAAGCCUCCCAUCCCUAAUCUCAUUCAACAAGAUUGCAAUCCGAUCUCCCCAGGAUGCGAACUCGGGGAAACCCAUCACCCUCGCUCGUCGGGAGGUGUUCGACAUCCGGACCCAACUGAUGGCCGAAGACACCCCCGACGAGGACAACGAGGAACUGAUCGCCGGCCUGGAGAAGGGCGACAUCAAGCCCAACUUCUACGAGGGCGGCUUCAAGACGUGGGAAUGCGCCCUCGACCUGGCCAAACUACUCGUCAACGCCGACGAGUCCGCGAACCCCGUCGAAGACCGUCAUAUCAUCGAGCUCGGCGCAGGAACGGCAGUCCCUUCGCUUGCGCUCUUUGCACAGCUUCUAUCUGACGAUGCGCCCUCAUCACGGAGAACCCAUUUCACUUUCGCGGACUACAACUCCGCCGUUCUCCGGCUCGUCACCUUCCCCAACCUGCUGCUAACCUGGAAUCACAUCGUCUCUCGGCGGGAUAAGGCCGCCUUCUCGCCUGAGACGGAGACGGAGACGGAGACGGAGGACCGUCCCGCGGAGGAGGAGGAAGAAGAAGAAGAAGAAGAAGAAGAAGAAGAAGAAGAAGAGCUCGACAUCACGCCCGAGCUUGUCGAGAGUUUCCGGACAGACCUGACCAAGCGAGGCAUCACAGUGGAUUUCGUCUCCGGGGCCUGGUCGCCCGCGUUCGUGGACUUGGUAUUCGCGUCUGGCCAGCCGGGGGCCCGCAGCGCGUUGAUCCUGGCCAGCGAGACGAUCUACUCUCCUGCGUCGUUGGUGGCGUUCUCCGAAACCCUGCUCGCUCUGCUACGUCGUCCUGUGGCGGAGGGGGCCCGGAGCCGCGCGUUGGUCGCGGCCAAGAAGGUUUACUUUGGGGUUGGCGGUGGAGUGGAUGAGUUCCUUGCUGUGCUGGGAGGAGUCGUCGGGGGCGACCAGCUCAAGGUCGAGGAGCGGUUGGAUGUCAAGUCUGAGGGUGUCGGAAGAGUCAUCUUGGAGGUUGUCCUUAGGCAAUAGUAAUGGCGGCGCUUAGAUAAACG